CAAUUACAAAGCCCAUUUUUUUUUGGGCUUUUAUUUAAGCCCAAGUUGUUUUAUUAGUCGUCGUCUCUAUUUCAAGUCUUCCACAGUGGUAGCAGAGUUUUGGAAAAUGGCUUGGUGGCGCCUUCUUCUGACUCCCAAAACCUCAAAACCAUCCUCCACAGCCAAAACCCUAAACCCUAAUCAAACUCUCCUCUUCACCUCCCCAUUCUCCACCUCCUUCCUCAUCACCAAAACCCCGAAGAAAUUCAAGAAGCGCCGCAGAAACCAAGACAGCCCGCGAACCAAGCUGGUCCAGACCCAACCCAACCUCCUCCCCCACCUCGAACGCAUCGUCACUCGCGACGCCCACUUCCGAUUCCUCACCAAAUCCAAAGAAUACCUCUCGAAGCAGCCCCACCGCGUCCUCCGCCUCGACGACGCCGGCAAGCUCCACCGCGAGCUCGGCUUCCCCCGCGGCCGGAAAGUCUCCAAGUCCCUCCAGCGCCACCCCUUGAUCUUCGAAACGUACCGGCACGACGACAAUAAGCUGUGGAUUGGAUUCACGGAGUUGAUGGAAGGUUUGAUGGAAGAGGAGGUGGCGUUGAUGGAGGCGAUGGAAGGGGACAGAGUCAACAAGGUGAGGAAGUUACUGAUGAUGUCAGCGAAUAAGCGGAUUCCGUUGAGCAAGAUUUAUCACUGCAGGUUGUUGUUUGGGAUUCCUGAAGAUUUUCGGGACAGGGUGGCGAAGUAUCCUGAUUAUUUCAGGGUUGUGGUUGAGGGUGAUGGGAAGAGAGUGCUGGAAUUGGUGAAAUGGGAUCCUUUGUUAGCAGUUAGUAGUUUAGAGAGGGAGUUUGUGGUGAAUGAGGAUAAGGUUAAGAGGGCUUUUAGGUUUCCUGUGAAGCAUGGGAAAGAUUUAGGUUUGGAUGAUGAGGAUUCGAGGAAGUUGAACUUGUUGAAUUCGCUUCCUUUGGUUUCGCCUUAUUCAGAUGGGUCGAGAUUGGACCUGUGGACAUUGGAAGCUGAGAAGUAUAGGGUGGGAAUUUUGCAUGAGUUUUUGAGCUUGACAUUGGAGAAGAGGGCUUCUAUACACCACAUUGUGGAGUUCAAGGAGGAGUUUAGUUUGACUAAGCACACUUACCAGAUGCUGUUUAAGCAGCCCAGGACGUUUUAUCUUGCCGGGACUGAGAUGAACUGGGUUGUUUUCUUGAAAGAUGCAUAUGACCAGAAUGGGGUUUUGAUUGAGAAGGAUCCCCAAGUGGAUUUCAAUGAGAAGCUGUAUAAGUAUGCUGAAAUGCAGGAAAUGGAACCGGGUUAUGAUUCAUCUCAGCAACUGAUAAGAGGGAAUACACAAUGCGAGUGAUUGUCUCGAAUUCAAGGAACCUUGUUGGAGCUCCAAUUUUCAUGUUUUAUUUCUGGUGGAGUAGCACUCUGGAGGAACCUUAAAGGUACAAGAAAAUUGGUUGAUCAGAGGUACCCUUGAGUCCUUGACGUGACCGUAUCUUGUUUCUGUCUAUUGCAAGAUUUUAAGUCAUAAGAAAUGAGAAGUAUGUGGUGGGAACCAUCUUGCACAUAGAACGUGGCAAUGGUAGUUUUGGGGCACAUCUCUUUUCCAAACAGCUCCUAACUAUGUGCAUUGCAAACUAUGAGGUCUUAGGAAGCCAAGUUCAGCUAAAUUUUAGAAGGGAUCUUCCUGCGGUGAUCGGUUCUUUCACUUCAAAACAGUUGCCAUAUCUAUCUGUCUCUUUUGAUAUGUUGCAUUCUGCAAGAUGUGGCCUUGAUUGGGAGCAACGAGAUGAUGGUGUGUAAAAAAAACUGUACCUUAGAGCUUCAAGUUGCGGCAGGAGUUUUCAUGUCUUUCCGGUAAGUGGUGCAAGAAUGAACGAUGAUGAGAUGAUCAUAUAUGGAAGGAUCAACCCGGAAGCAUGAGCACCAGGGCUUACUGAUACUACUAAGGAACACAGAUUUACUAACAGAGCUUUUCGAUCUUCCUCCCACUUUCAAGUAAAUCCAUUUUCUUUUGUAGAUUUCAUGUACUUUAAUAAUACAAUGAAAUUUAGCUCCAAAGUGAUCUUUUAAGCUUGGAGCCUUGUAGAGUACCUUAAUGAACGUAGUAAUUUUAUAUGACCUCAUCAGGCUUAAGUUUUGGCUUAUA